AUGGAUGCAAUCCAUUCCUUACAGCUGAUACUGAGAGGAUCUUUGCAAGAUGAGAUCGUAGAUGAUUCCAAAAUGAUCAUGAAUGUGCCAUUUGUCGAUACUAGUAUAGAAAGAGUGGAUGAGCUCCGUAUUGUGUCGAACGAAAUGGUUCGACUUAUUGAGACAGCUUCAGUGCCUCAGAAGAUUUGGAAACUCUUGUUGGGCUAUUUGAACUCGAGGAAAUCUAUGUGGGAAGAAACUUAUUCCAACAGGUCUUACUAG